AUGAAUACAACGUCUUCUUUGAGUCUUAGACGUUUCGAGAAAAAGUUGAGUUGGUGUGUGCAGCGAAAGCGUCGGGAUCCACUAAAAUCUGAGCGAAGUUCCAGUUAUUCACGACGUCGAAAAGGUUCCAUCGCUGAGGUCAAUAAUGCUUGCUACGAUCUAGGUGAUAAGUCCUCGCCCUCCACUGAUUUGGAUCAUGACGAUGGACGUGCCCUGGAUAGCGGUGUUUUGGGAUUUAAUGAUGGAACUGAGGGGUCUUCUUUUGAUCCACCGUCUUGUUGCUGUUGUUGUACACUGAACGCCACUAGCACUCCUGGAAUCGGCAAGACUUCCACUGAUGAAGGCAAUGAUCCCAUCACCACUUCAGCUAAUUCUCUCCCCUACACAGAGGAGAGCUGCCUCAAAACCACCUCUGAAUUGGUGAUAUCCACUACGACAAAUAAUGUACAAAUACAGAAAGCAGCUUCACCAUCACCAACAAAAUCAGUUCAAGACCAAGUCCAUUUGAACUUGGCUCUUGCACCAACUGCCAGCGCAUCUUUGCCUGCGUCGCCAGCAAUUCCACCAAUUGAAACCCAUAUCUUUCAGGUUCAACCACCCUUAAAUCCCCGACCUGGUGUAAAACUGGGACAACAGAGGGCCAACCUAAUGGAAUCUUCUUGUUCAGCAGGAGAUAUCCAAUCAGGCAACAGAAAAAAUGAUUCCUCCAAUACUUCAAUGGGUGGCGGAUGCUUUGCUGAAGAACAGCCCAAAGCAAAAAAUAUGAGUCUCCUUGAACUUCGAAGAGGUCCGCGUGCAGCCCUAGUUCUCGAUCUUCACUCUGGAGCAUCCAGCAGUCCCUCACCACUUGUCAACACCUUCCUUCGUGGAUCUGUCAGCAAGGAGAACAACCGUCUUCUCACUGCCGACAAUCAGCACGCUACCUACGCCACUUUCAGGCACGAUAGCCCCUCUAAGGAGAGAGAAUCCAUGGGAGGAUCGGGAGUUGCAUCCUCUGGCACUUGUGCUCUCACAGCUGUCGCCGGUGUUGCUGCAGAGGUUGCCACUGCUGUGAACCUCUCGCCUCGACCCAUGACCGGAGAAGAACCUAGUCGAAUUGUUGAUAGGGUCACUCUGCGAACUGCCUCCCUUCCUUUAACUCCUGAAGCCCUUGAAGCCAAGCUGGGCCCUGGUGGAGAGGAUAGGCUUUAUAAGGAAUUCUGGGACAUUCCCAUGAACUAUGCUAACAAAGCCGAUUGUCCUUGGGUGGGUGUGGGGCAGAAGAAUCGAUAUCAUGAAGUUCUGCCACAUAAUAAUACAAGGGUAAUCCUUCCCGCUAUUAAUAAUGAUGACAUGACCAGCUACAUUAAUGCCAAUUACAUUCAUGGCUAUCAGGGUCGACCACGAGCCUUCAUAGCAACACAAGGUCCAAUGUCACACACGAUCAACGAUUUCUGGAGAAUGGUUUGGCAUUAUCGUGCGCCGGCUAUUGUCAUGCUAACCAAGAUCUGCGAGCAUGAUAAGAGGAGCAAAUGCGAACUCUACCUUCCUACCUCAAAGAACGAAACUUGUGAUCGGACAAUUAACGCCCCCAUUCGUGCAGACACUGUACCAGUGAGAGAGCAGGGGGUUCCUGAGGGACCCCCGUGUUGCAUUAGCGAGGCACAUUCUCGGUCAGGAGGAGCGGUUCUUCAAACUGCCACAUCACUACCCACUCCUCCGACUCCCGCAUUUUGGGGUGAGGAGUUUUCGCGCACCUGUUCACCAGUUGGUGCUCAACGCACUUUUGGCAAUAUCCAUGUGCGAGUAAUUGCUGUGACGCAAAAGGAGAGCUACACUGAGCGUAAACUCAUUCUAAAAAUGGAUGGUGAUGAACGUAAGGUGACUCACUUUUGGUAUAUCGGGUGGUCAGAUCAUUCAUCUCCUGAGGCAACAGUUGAAUCUGCUCGAAGUUUACUUGAUCUCGUGAAUGAGACCGAAGCUUGUAGACAUCAAAAUAAUGGGUCCUCCCUCCCUUCUACUCCCGCUCCCAUUUUUAUCAGAAAUUCUCCACUUCCCCCAACUUCACCAAGAUCACUAUCGAGACAAGCAGCCGAGGAGUGGUCUGACGCCGAUUUUGAUCUCCGUUUUCAUUCACCUCUACCAGAAGAAGGAAGCUCCCCCACUACAACAGCGUUUGAUCUCUUCACUAUUGGUGAUUCGGAAACAACUAGUGGAGGUCUUUGUCUUGCUGGAACUCCUGGCUACCGAGCCUAUCGGGCAUCUGAUCCUGCUCCGUUGUCUGCUUCUGGUUCCACUGGGCCUGUAGUCGUACAUUGUAGUGCCGGCGUUGGUAGAACCGGAUGUUUCAUCGCCUUGUGCAUCGGUUGCGAGCAGCUAAGAAUUGAGGAAAAAGUGGAUGUACUCGGGAUUGUCUCGCGACUUCGUCUAGAUCGUGGUGGUAUGGUGGAGAAUUCUGAACAAUACACUUUCCUCCACGCUGCGCUGUGUAUGUAUAAUGCCAUGAGAAGUGGACGUGAAAUGCCUGUAUUGCCUGCAAUAACAAAUCUGAGAAAUCAGUUUACCGGUCCGCUUAGGUAA